AAUACUUCACAUCAAGGUUUUUUUUUCCUGCCCCUUGUCUCGCCGUUGGUCCUCUCUCCUACCUCUCCCUUGAGAGUAGUCUCUAUAAGUUUGAAACCGAGUAGAGAAAGGGGGGCAUCGAGUAGAAAAACGGAAGCGUAAAGGAUGAAGCUUGACGUGAAUGUAUUGAGAUAUCUGUCCAAAGAUGAUUUCCGAGUACUCACUGCGGUCGAGAUGGGCAUGCGAAACCAUGAGCUUGUCCCUGCCGAACUCGUCGAGCGCAUUGCUUCUCUCAAGCAUGGAGGCACCUACAAGGUCCUGAAGAACUUGCUCAAGUAUAAACUUCUGCACCACGAUUCCUCUAGAUAUGAUGGAUUCCGGCUUACAUAUCUCGGUUACGAUUUUCUUGCCAUUAAAACGAUGGUCAACCGAGGCGUAUUUAGUGCCGUUGGUCGUCAAAUCGGGGUUGGUAAAGAAUCAGACAUCUUUGAGGUUGCUCAGGAAGACGGGACUGUCCUUGCAAUGAAGUUGCAUAGACUGGGGAGAACUUCUUUUAGGGCAGUCAAAUCUAAGCGUGAUUACCUGCGGCACAGGAGUAGUUACAAUUGGUUAUACCUGUCUCGGCUUGCAGCUCUCAAGGAAUUUGCUUUUAUGAAGGCUUUGGAAGAACAUGAGUUCCCUGUUCCGAAAGCUAUUGACUGCAAUAGGCAUUGUGUUAUCAUGUCCCUUGUCCAGGGCUACCCCCUUGUUCAGGUGAAGCAAUUGCAAAAUCCCGAGACUGUUUUCGAGAAGAUCCUUGGGAUUGUUGUUCGUUUGGCAGAGCAUGGUCUAAUUCACUGUGAUUUCAACGAGUUCAACAUUAUGAUUGAUGAUGAAGAGGAUAUUACAAUGAUCGACUUUCCGCAAAUGGUCUCUGUUUCACACCGAAAUGCACAGAUGUACUUUGACCGUGAUGUUGAGUGCAUCUUCAAGUUUUUCAGAAAGAGGUUUAAUAUGACUUUUCAAGAAGAUAAAGGUGAUUCGGAUGAAACAGAAGAGGUAGAUGCAGCAGAUGAUAGCGGCAGACUGUCAUUUUCGGAGAUAGCAAAGUCUGCUGGUGCUUUGGAUAAGGAACUAGAAGCUAGUGGGUUCACAAGAAAGGAGCAGAAUGACCUUGAUAAAUUUAUUGAAAAUGGCCUCGAGAAGGGUGAAGAUUCUGGUAACGAGGAAUCUGAAGAUGAAGAAGAGCAGACUUCUGAAUCAAAUGAGGAAAACCUUAGUGGGUUCAACUCAUUUCAAGAAAAGGAGCAGAAUUCAAACAAUCACGUCGUUGACGAUGACAAUCACGAGAAAGGUCAAAGCGGUGGAUCUGAAGAUGAAGAUGAAAGUGAUGAGGAAGAAGAAGGCAUAGAGCUGGCGAAAAGAUUGAACAAGCAAAGGAGACGUGCCAUGGCAGCGGUGAGGGGAGGACGGAGGAAUUCAUCAAGGAACUCAUACAAGGACAAGGGAGGUCGAUCUUCUCAAAAUUCCAAAAUCCAGAAAAGGUUGAAAGACUGGUGACAUUUAUGACUUGGAAAAGGAGUUAAAUGAUCAUCAGAGCACAGAAUGAAGACACAAAGUUUUUGGAGCUUGGGAUCCAAGAGUGAUCAUAUGAUAUAACCGCUUCAUAAAAAACACAGAAGCGGGUUUUGUUUCUUCUGCUCCAGCAUCUCAGGAGCUCUGCAGAUUUUGGUGGUGUCGUGAGAGGAUCGAACACUGUAAUAUCAGUUUGGAUUUUUGUGUGAACCAAAAGCUUGUUUAUCCGAUUUUCUUGCAAGAUGUAAGAUUCUUGCCAUUUAAUAACUAAUGAAAGCAUGUUUUUAUUU